UAAACGAAUAAAAGGCACUUUUCGACACGGGCUGAACGUAGCGGCAUUGACGAAAAGUACUUUUUUAGUCCGGUGGAGGAAAAGUGACAUUUCUCUUCCACGAAAUAUUAUUUGGGCCUCUCCCUUCGCUUCGCGGACGAAAAAAGUCACUUUUCCCCCGCCCGGCCGGAAAGUCACCUUUUCGUGACGAAAAAACUGGUUUUUAUUAUACGAUAUUAUAGUGGUUAUUAUAUAAAAUACGAGUGAUGCUGGGCAGAUGACAGUUAUUGGUCUUUUUAUGGAAAAGUUUCAGUGCUUUAGAACGAGCGGUUCAUGCGGUUGGAAAUUCUACUGUUGACGCGUUAAAAAGAACAGAAAACUCGCGUCUACUUUGUUUUGACUCCGCACUUUUAAAGAUCGAUAAACUACAAUUAUUGUACUGAAAAAAUAUUAGGUGGCGCAUUUCAACGUACGUGUCAAUCCGGAAAUGUCGCUUCCUAUGGCAAAUAUGAGUAAUGGGGGAACAACUACUGUACAAAUUAACACACGACCUGAUGACAUAAGGAAGCGGAUUAUAGGGGCUGAAGAUUCGACUCCUGCUGAUGAAUCAGGAUGUGGCAGUGUGCUGGUGAUAUUGUCCUGGGUGCUCGUAGUGAUGACAAUGCCCUUUUCGUUAUUUGUCUGUUUCAAGGUGGUCCAAGAAUACGAGAGAGCGGUGAUUUUCCGACUAGGAAGACUGUUAUCAGGCGGUGCCAAAGGCCCAGGAAUUUUCUUUAUCCUGCCUUGCAUUGACUGCUACGCACGCGUCGAUUUGCGUACACGAACUUAUGACGUACCACCCCAAGAGGUUUUAACCAAAGAUAGUGUCACAGUAUCAGUCGAUGCAGUUGUGUAUUACCGGGUUAAUAAUGCAACAAUAUCGAUUGCAAACGUGGAAAAUGCCCAUCACAGUACCCGGUUACUCGCCCAAACAACUUUACGAAAUACAAUGGGAACAAGGCCACUGCACGAAAUAUUGAGCGAGCGUGAAACAAUAUCUGGGAAUAUGCAGGCAGCGCUGGAUGAGGCCACUGAUACCUGGGGGAUAAAAGUAGAGCGAGUGGAAAUAAAGGAUGUACGCCUGCCGGUACAACUGCAACGGGCCAUGGCAGCUGAGGCUGAAGCUGCUCGCGAAGCUCGAGCUAAGGUGAUAGCAGCAGAAGGAGAACAGAAAGCCAGUAGAGCUCUCCGAGAAGCUUCUGAAGUCAUCGGCGACUCACCGGCUGCUCUUCAACUUCGUUAUCUCCAGACACUCAAUACAAUUUCAGCUGAAAAGAACUCCACUAUCGUCUUUCCAUUACCAAUCGAUAUGCUCACCUACUUCAUGACAGCGAACAAAGAUAAAUAAGUAUAACACUUGCGAUUGUAUGCAUUGCCUGUUCACUGUUUGGUAAUUGUUUUUAUAAAAAACCAAAAUCUACACGUGAAUCUCAUAAGUUCGUUUUUAUAUGUGUCAUUUUUCACUUUUACAUGAUAUGAUGAAAGCGAUAAACAAGACAAGUUAUUAAUUUGUAUGUGAACAUUGGCAAUUUUUAAGUUGUAUUUUUAGAUAUUGCAAAUCACAGUAUAUUCACGAUUUAUCAUGUAUUGUAUUGAAUGUUACUGUUUAAUGAUAAAGAUUUGAAGCAUUUUAUGAGGCACAAUUUUAAUCUGUCAAUAAAAUAGUGUAAAAUAAU